UAAGGUACGCCCCUCUCUUGCAGUCUGCCGCAAAACUCUUCUCCGUGUGGGAGCGGCUUCUGAUGAAGGAAUGGAGAAUCAGCGAAACAGCAGAAUAGUAAUUCAUCUCCAUAAAUCAUUCGUAUUACAUUCACGGUUCUACGAAAACACGCAGAUGAUAAUAUUGUUGUCUCUGUUGAUUCUGGAAGGUGUUUGUAAUGCAGAAACUGAAGAGAAAAUGUCAGUGAUGGAAGGAGAUUCUGUAAUUCUACACACCAAUCUUUCUGAAAUACUGAACGACGAUACUAUACUCUGGGGAUUUGGACCUAAAGAAUCAGUCAUAUCUACAAUAACUAGAAAGAACGACUUGACCUCAAUUUUUUUCACCGAUGAUGUGACAUUCGCAGGCAGAUUGCAGGUGGACCAACAAACUGGCUCUCUCACCAUCAGAAACACCAGGAAGAUACACUCGGGACAAUAUAAACUAACAAUCUCUAGCAAAAAGACCACAUCCAAGAUAUUUCAUGUAAAUGUCAUUGAUGUGGUUGAAGAGACAGAUGGAGUGAAGUCAGUGUCAGUGAAUAUAGGGGAAUCUGUGAUUCUACAGAAUGAUGCUGCUGAAUUACAGAAAGAUGAUCUGGUCAUAUGGAGGUUUGGAGAUAAAGGCCUCCUCCUAGCUAAAAUUGAUGUAGGAACUGACAAUCACUCAUUAAAUGAUGCUGAUGAACGAUUCAGAAACAGACUAAAACUAGAUCAAACUGGAUCUCUGACCAUCACAAACGCCAGAACCGAACACGCUGGACUGUAUGAAGUACAGAUCAGAGGCCGCGGGAGCUCAAAGCAGUUCCUUGUUUCUGUCAGGGCUGAUUUGGGAUGGUCUUCAGCUGUGAUAGUUGGAAUAGUUGUUGCUGUUCUGCUGCUGGCUGGACUUUUAGCUGCUGUUGUGAUUUACUAUCGCCGCAGGAUCUCUAGAAUCAAAAAUCAAGAGGUGUCCGAGAUGGAAGGAAGAACUGUCGCUCUACGGACUGGUACCAAACUACAUAACGGUGAUGAGAUAAAGUGGUGGUUCGGACAUGACAACAAUCCAAUAACCCAAUUCAGUGGAUGGACCAUUACAGAUGAUGAUAUAAAUUGUAAGGUUACUGAUGAGAGAUUCAGAAACAAAGUGCAGCUGGGUGGUAGGACUGGAGAUCUCAUUAUCAGUUAUAUCAGGACCAUUCACUCUGGAGUCUACAGAGUACAGAUCUCCGGCAAAACCAGAAAAACCAAAUACAAGAAGAGAUUCUUUGUUACUGUCAAUGUGGAGGAAGUGCAAGUAAAGGUUGGAGAAUCUGUCACUCUAAAGACUGAUAUUGAAAUAAAGGAAGGAGAUCUGAUCCUGUGGACCUUUGGAGUUAAAAACCAUCUUGUUGUUAAAGCUGAAUCAGGACUACCUGUUAUUAAUGAAAGCUUCAGAGGCAGACUGCAGCUAAACGAACUGCUGAUCAAUGGAUCUCUGACUAUCACAAAAAUCAAAGAUGUAGACUUUGGACAUUUUCAACUACAGGUCCUCAACAGCAAACGGAACAGAUUCAGGAGAUUCAAUGUGAUCGAUGCUUCCGAAGAAGGCAAAGAUGGGGAACAGAUGGAAAUGACCCCACUGCAGUCUCAAGAGGGUGAAAACUAAGAGGAUGAGCAGCAGGGGACGAGUUCACCUCAAUAAGACACGCCCACCACUGUCAAUCUUUGUGACAUCAUCAACUGAUUGUGAAAUUUGUGAGCGGUCGCUCUGGCACGACCACCGUGUUGUUAAACUCAUGAGAAACAUCACAUGACAGCGCAGUGCUUCGAGUGUAGAGCCUGUUUAUUCUCCCCGUGUCGGCAGGAGUUUCAUAGACGCACUCAGCAAAAAUGAUGCAAAUAUUGAUGGUUUUCACGCUAAAGUAAAGUAAAAGACCACUUCUGAAACCAGAGAAGGUGAACAUGUUGGUAAUCUUGUGUGGAAUUAAAACAAACUUACAGCACUGUCACCGACAGCAAGUUUAGUUAUACUUUUCUUUUAGUUUUAUUUUCAUUUUGAAAAGUUUAUCAUUACUGUUUACCUCACAUUAUGCUACAGAUGCUCUCUUUUAUUUUUAUUUUUUUAUUUUAAUCCUCUUUGUUUGCUAAACGUUCUGUCAUUUAUGAGUCAGUAUAUCCUAAUACAGCAUAUAGUGUAGGCUUAUGCCAUGCCUCAUCUUAUUAGUUUUUUAUAAUAAACAUUUUGUUAGCUAGUUUGUCAUUGAAUCUUCACAAAAUUAAAAUCUCAAAUAACACUACUGAUGAAAAAGAACAGGUUGAAUCAAAUCAACUGUUCCUGAUCAUCUCCAGACUGGAUCUCUUCUCUUCAAUUUCCCUAAUUGCAGAUCCAAUCAUUAGAUCUGUCAUCAUUAAUAUGUUUAUACUUAAUCCCCAAGUUAAUUAGGUUAUUCAAUAAAAAGAUAAAAAACCGCCACUGGGUUUGAGUUACUAAUGAUCAACAAUUAACCUGGUAAAAAAUAUUUAUUUAGAGUUGUCCGUUUUAUUUUUCAUCUUCAUCAGUAAUGUAUAAUUUUAUAAACAUCCAUUCAGUCGUUAACUUUUAAAUGCAUCAUUAUGCAGAAAAUAUGAGCAGAAAUCUCCGCAUGAAAGACCCGCGACUGUCAGAUCAACGAGCUGCCUCUCUUCUCUCCAGUACUGUAGGAAGUUAAAUCAAAUGAAAAGUGGAAGAUGUUAAAUGUGACAAGAUGAUUGACAGGUCAGUUUACAGUGACGGGGCAUUCUUUAACUGCCUUCACAGGAUUACUUCCCCUUAAUUAUUUAAAUGCUUAGUGAGGGGGAAAUUACAGCAGCUUUUAUGGAGAAACAUAGGUUAGAAAAAAAAAAACGUGUUUGUGUAUUGUUAGAUGCUAGUUGAUAUGGCAUGAAAUGGCACAUGUAGAAAUGUAUGUAAUCCAAUACUUUAAAAAAAAACUUUAAAAGUAUUGUGUUUAAGCUAAUGUUUUGUCACACCAGGAGCCUCAUUUAUAAAGUUUGCAUGUUCAGAUUUGAUCAUAGAGUGUGUGUAGGCUUAAAUCUACGCUAACAGUCAUAUUUGUAAAAGCUUUCGUUUACAUGGAAGAGUGCCUAGCAUCACAACAGGUUCUCGCACUUUUUCUUGUCAGAGUACUGCAGGUUUUUGGAAAUGUAAGCUGUUCUUGCAGCUCGAUGUUCCAAACUAAAGAAUUUAGAUGAUGACUGGUGAUCUUUUAAAUGUUAAUGACACUAAUAAAGAGUUUUUUACAAGGCAGAGAGCUAAAACCAUUCAUUUGCGAUUGAUAGAAUUCACAUUUGAAAGAGAGGCAUACGUGUGUUUUCGGUGAGUACGUUCAUUCUAUGAAUCACAUGUACACAUGUUUGAGAAAUUAUUGUAAGAUCAAAUUUAGGAUGGUUUCUGUGCAACAUUUUAUAAAUGAGGCCCCAGGGGCGUAGCUGUCAAAUACAAUAAUUUUAUGUAUUCAUGCAUUUAUUUUUUUUAUACAAGGAUACAUUUUUUUUAUAUUGUACUUUGAAUAUGAUAUAAGAAAUCAAAUACACUGCUGGACAAUAAUCAAUGAUUUGUAAUCUAUAAUUUUUUCAGUAGGCACUUUUAUGAUUGUUUUAUAUGCUACAAACAAUUAUUUACAUUUUCUGCACAGAAUAAAGUAGAAAAUAUACUUUAUAGAUUCUGUACUGUAAUAAAUUAUAUGUAAAUUAGCACUGCAUCAUUCAUAGAUUGAAUUUCUUGUGUUUAUUGUCUUAAUGUUUCCCCAGUUCAUUCUGCUUUUUGUUUUCUUAAGCGUAGCUGCAUAGAUGUGUUUGUCCAUAUUAGGCAUUUCCUGGCACUUCUUAAGCCUGAGACACACUGAACAAUUUUCAACAAAGAUUGAAAGAUUGGGAUCGUGAAACAAUCAAUUUCAAAUUCAAAUUUUCUCCAUUCUGUCACCGAUGGAGUUUCGGUUCCUUGCCGCUGUCGCCUCUGGCUUGCUUAGUUGGGGUCACUUCAUCUACAGCGAUAUCGUUGACUUGAUUGCAAAUUAAAACAGACACUAUUUCAACUGAACAGAGAUGACAUCAAUGAAUUCAAUGAUGAACUGCCUUUAACUAUCAUUCUGCAUUAUUGACACCUUGUUUUCCUAAUGAAUGUUGUUCAGUGCUUUGACCUUGCAUUCACCACAACCCGAUGCCAAUCUUUCAUCUGGGACAGCCAAAAAUUGUGCAGUGUGUCUCUGGUUCUUUGAGCACCAGAUCACUUCUCUGUCGAUACGAAAACGUAUUUAUCUCAUUUGAAUAAAAUAAAAUGUUAUAGUAUUUAACUUUCCUUUCUAUCAGCAAAUGAUGAUUCAUUUGCUUUGUUGACUAACUCAGAGAAAGAGAGAAAAAUCUUUCUUCAGUCGAUGCUAAAUGAAUGAUGCUAAUGCAGAGUUAUAGUUUGAGAUGUAUUAAAAAGAAAAAGCAGUUACUGUCGUAAGCAAGUAUAGCAUGCAUCAAAUCUUUGUGGUUCCCAGCAUAUGUGUUAUGUCUAAUAAAGAUUUCUGAUUAA